AUGCCGUUCACACCUUCCGAGAUAGAUGAGGAAAAGGCGCACUUCGCAAAUGUGAUCACGGCUUUCCAGCAGUAUGCUCCGUACGCGUUGACAGCCAAUAACCGCCGCAGGAAGGACUUCUACACGCUCUCAAGAGCAGAUCAGGACCUGCUCGAUGACUUGGGGUACAAGGAGAAGCUCGCCGAGGCCGACCGUGCCAUUUUGAUGAAUGCAACGUUUCUGAACCAGAUCGUAGCCAAUCCCGAGAUAUUCGGGCAUGAAGUCGAUGCCGACGAUGAACAAGGUCCUCAGCAAGAACUCCCAGUAGCGCAAAGUGAACGGCAUGUGCAUGGACACCCAUACGCACAACAUUCGCACGGGAAACACAUACAUACACACUCACAUUCUACUCCUGCCGAUAAGUCAACAAAUAAUGACGCAAGUGUGAGCCACCCGAAGGCCAAACGCUACCGACCCACCGAUUUUGACAUGGACAAGCUGCGGAGUACGCUCAAGCAAUUUGUCCGCGACUGGAGUGAAGAGGGUCGAACAGAGCGAGAAGUUUCCUAUGGACCCAUGAAGGAUGCACUCCUAAAUCAUUUUUCUGGUAUACCACGUGAGGAAAGAGCCAACUUCAGAGUGCUUGUCCCGGGCUCUGGUCUCGGUAGAUUGGCAUGGGAUGUUGCGAAUUUAGGCUUCGCGUGCCAGGGGAACGAGUUCUCGCACUACAUGCUGCUCCCAUCCUUUUUCAUUUUGAACCGGACUGAUGCGAUAGAAUCUCAUACGGUCUAUCCCUAUGUCCAUUCGUUCUCCAACUUGCCAAAUAAUGCUGCUAUGUUGCGUCCGAUAUCUAUACCCGACGUUCUACCAUCAGCCCUCCCUGAAGGCUCUGAUUUCUCCUUGGUGGCCGGUGACUUCGAGGAAAUUUACGGAGCCGAAGAUAGCCCCGAAGAGCCUCAGUCUGGGCAAUGGGAUGCAGUCCUGACGUGUUUCUUCAUUGACACGGCGAAGAACAUUGUCAACUACUUGCGCAUCAUCCAUCGUAUAUUAGCUCCCGGCGGUGUCUGGAUUAACCUUGGUCCUCUGCUAUGGCACUUCGAGAACAACUCGACGAACGAUCCGUCGAUCGAGCUCAACAUUGAAGAAGUGAAGGCUCUUGCGCGCAAAAUUGGUUUUGAGAUCUCUCACGAGCGUACUAUUGACACGACCUACACCAACAAUGCGCAAAGCAUGCUUGGUUAUGUCUACCAUGCGGCCUUCUGGACAGCCACAAAGACCGUAUGA